AUGGCCACCCGCCCUACUCUUACCACACAUGGCCUGUCCAGCUUGUCGCAGAGCUCGGACGUAAACUCGCCAAAUGUCAACUCUCCCGCCGAAUCGCGCAAGCUGGCCAUGAGCAAGAUCCACAACACUUUGGGAGACAGGCCACUUCAGCACAUCUGGGCCGUCUGGUUCGACCGGAGCCAAAACAAGGAGAACCAGGCCAAGGACGGCUCCUACCAGGUCCAGCUCGAGCAGCUCGGCGCCGAGAUUGCCAGUAUCCAGGAUUUCUGGAGGUACUGGAACAACACGCCCGUCCAGUACAUCAAGAUGCGCGAGUCCAUCUACCUGUUCAAGAAGGGGUUCAAGCCCAUCUGGGAGGACCGCAGGAACAUACACGGAGGUAGCUGGACGUUCCGCGUGCCCAAGAACAUCGGCCCCGACGUCUGGAAGCUGGUGCAGCUUGUUGCGAUCGGCGAGGAGCUCCAGGAUGCUCUAGAAACCGGCGACCAACUCUGCGGUGUAGGCCUCUCGGUCCGUUUCAACUCGCACCUCAUCUCCAUCUGGCACCGCGACUCGUCCAAGCAAAAGUCCAUCGACGCCAUGGUCAAGGUCGUGCUCGACACCCUGCCCGCCGAGCUGCGGCCCAAGCCCGACAACUACUUUUACAAGAAGCACUCGGACCAUGCCGGUUUCAAGGCCCCGCCCGAGCUGCAGGCCGUCCUCGACUCGCAAAAGGCCCGAGACGCCGCCGCGGCCAAGACGGCCGGUGGUGAUGCCCCCGCCGGUGGCGAGGCCUCGGAGAACCCGGUUCCCGAGAUCAAGGAGCCCGGUGCGGACAAGUGA